CUCAUAAGUUUUCUGUUGAUCGAAAGCAAAUGAAAAAUCAUUACGAUUAUCUUAAAGGAAAAUAUGGAGCCUGGUUACUGCUCAAAAAUAAAACAGGCAAUGUGUAUGAUCCGUCCACCAACACAUUUAAUCUUACGCCCGAGGAAUGGGAGAUUGAAAUUAAGAAAAAUAAGUACAUUGAAACUUUGAGGACUACAUCGCUUCCAUUCCCGGAACUUUGUGCACAACUAUUUGAUGGGUCUGUUGCAACGGGCGUUGAGAGUUGGGGACCAACUUCAGUCGAACCUAUGCCACAUGGACAUACUUCAUCUGAUGGUCCAAUUGUGGUUGAAGAAGAAGUGGAGUUUCAAGGUGCGCAUACUAUGUCUACGUCAACAGGUCAAUGUUCAAGCCAUAAGCAAUCAAAAAAACUCAAAA